GUCCUGUUAUCAGGAUUCGUGGCGGGAUCCACAGAAUUCCUUGGGCGUACUACGUCAGAGGACGGAUCCGAUUGGGUUUGGGUGCUUGUGCGACUGGACGCGGGGAAUCUGCGGACACCUACGGUGAACGCCAACGGUACCCGCUCAGCACCAAGGGGACUCGGAGCCAACAACGUCAAUUGGAUUUGUGUUCCUCCUGAGGCCGCUGACCAAUGGAUCCCGGGUCAGGGAGACAUCCAUGUGGUAGUGCAGGAUGCGGCUUUGGUGUUAGCCCAACUGCAGCAGCAGGGUUUGGGAAACUACGUAGUGAAUGUACCAGGGCAACCCGGCGGCAUGACGCCGCUGCAGCUGCGUCAGGUGGUGCCUGCACCAGUGGUUCCCGCCGCGGUGGGGCCAGAUGGAGGCCCAGGGGCUCCCGUGCUGGGACUCGGUGGCAAUGCGGCCGCCGGGCGAGAGCAAGAUGUGGACCUCAAGGCUUUGGAAGCCGCUGUUCAGCAACUGCAGGCUAUGAGUUUGCAGGACAGGGAUCCGAAGAAGGCGCGUCACAGCAGCGACAGAAAGAAGAAGAAGAAGGGGAAAAAGGACAAGAAGAAGGAUGCCAAGAAGAGCAAGAAGAAGAAACGAGGAAAGAAAUCUCGCGGUCGGUCAACCAGUUCAAGCUCGAGCCGGAGCAACAGCACAUCCAGUUCAAGCAGCCGGUCGUCAAGCUCCAGCAGCGGAUCGACCAAGCCGGUCCGGUGGAAGGAAAAGGGGAAGGAUCGCAGCGUAUCCUAUGCCGAUCUGGCACACGUGGACGGCCUCCGCUGGAAGAAGCGGGGGGAUUUGGUGGCCUAUGCGGCCAAGCAUCCCGGGGCAUUGACGGCCCAUUUCUUGGCAGGUGUGUACGCCCGCCUGUCCAAGGGCACGGUGACGUCCUGGUCGCAGCUACGCGAUGUCUCGGUUUCGGCUUGGGCGCAUCAGUUCACGGGGCUCACAGAGAUUCGGGACAUGAAGGAGGUCUUGACCUUGGCAGAGAUUCUCGAUGCGGUGAACAGGAAGGAGAUCGCGAGGGCUUUGGAUGUGCUGUGCCAGCGUAUCCUAGCCAUACAGUCAGCAAAAGCGAAGGGAGGAACAUGGGAGAAGGCGGAGGCCAUAGAGCUGGUCACCUCCCAGAAAAGUCUGGCCAGCAACGCAAUGCUGGCUCUGACCAAUGAAUUCAAGUCGCACAGCAGGUUGAGUACGAAAGCUUGUCCAAAUCUUUUGGAGGGUGUCAACCUCACAGUGGCGGUGGUUAAUGCUAUGCAUGGAGGGCAGGUGGAUCGGGAUGAGAAUCUGGUUCUAUCUGCUGCUCACGGACGAGUGCAUCAUCGCUUACGAGAUGCGCUGGAGGCCAUGGUGUUGACUGAUGAGCCUAUUCUGUCUAGCGAAGGGCUGGAUGAUUAUUUGAGGCAGUCACAGCAUUAUUCCGGUAGUAGUGUUCUCCUAGCUCUGGGAGUGCGUGGGGGUGUUCCUCAGAAAGCUGCGGAUGUGCCAUUGGGCGCGCAUCUGGAGGAUACCUUUCCAGAGAUGUCUCGACAGGUUGAGGAGCCUGCGGCUCUUCUAUUGCCAUCUCGACGGAGGGCCUUUGCCGUGGUCAAGGAUGAGUUCGAAGACAGAGUCAUCACUGACCCCAGUGUCAAUCAGCUGGUUGAUCCGGAGAAGUCUGUUGGCGUUGGCGACGAUGGCUAUGCGGGCCACCUAUACGGGUUGCAGGCUGCGUGGGUGGCUCGCGGAGUGGAGCCGAACACUAAGAAGAGCAUUGAUGCAGCAGCUGGUGAGGAGAUUCAGGGCUACUUUGUGCACCCGUCGAUUUUCCAGGACGUGUACCACUGGGUUACGAGCAUGAGGUCCAUCAGGCAUGUUUCGUGGCAAUGGCCCAGCCGAGUGCAGACUUUCUUGCUUCACACAUUGAAACCCUCCACUCGAGACAACUACCUCACCGCUUUGUCCAAUCUCAGCAAUGAGUUGCAUAAAAUGCAUUUGGUGUGGGAUGAGAUGUCCGAGAAACAGCAGGAUAAUUUCCUAGCAGAAUGGUUGUUGGAUGCGUUUGAGUCUGAAGACGGUAAGGGCCGGGCGGCUUGUGGUUGGGCUCUUUCAGCCGUUCAAAAAGUCAACCCUCGGUCAUCUUUCAAGACGGCUUGGAAGGUAUAUGAUGCAUGA